UAUUUUCUUUGUAAUUCCUGAUUUUGCAUUGUUAGAUGAGUAUUUAUCUUAAACUUUGGUUUAAAUUUUUCAUAGAACCUGUACAAAUUUGUAUAUAAACUUUUCAAAGAUUUUAGCAUGAAUUCAUUCCCCAAAAUCUUCGUACUCAAACGGUACUAGUAAGGUAGGCUUGUUUGUUAUCUUCUUUGCUUCUGCUUGGUUCAAGAAUUCAUAAGGUUCUAAAAUUAGUAUACAUGACAAAAAUCAAUCUGAAGUUUUGUAAUUAUAGUUAAAAGUUAAAUGAAUUUAAUCAAAGUUAAAAGUUUUGUAAUAAUAGACUUAUUUCAUGUUUCAACUGUUUAUAUCUGUUUAGUACAAAUAUCUUACCGUUCUUAUAUCGAUCGGCGCAUAGUAAAUCAGCACCAUGAUGAAUUGUGCCAUUGUUCUGUCUGCAACUCAUGACAGGGACAGGGAACAAACCAUCGGUAAAACCGGUGACAUAUUCACAAUGCCUGUUACAUAUAAGGUUACACACUUACAUCGAUGUUCUUUAACCUACUUUUGCUUAUAUUUGAUAUCUUAGUAGUAAUUUGUAUCAUGAUAGUCAUUUGAACCUCUACUAAACCUAUUUGUUAUCAGCACAGGAAUCCACACACUUUGUAUUGCAAAAAUAUAACAAACAAAACCCAAGAAUGUGUACAGGUGGCUUCUAAGAUGAUGGAGCAGUUGCUAGUGGUUUGGAAGUUGCCACCAAGUGCCAAAUGAAAUGCUAAUAUAUUAUAUGUUGCGUCUGAAGUAGAGUGAGAGUGAAGCAUGUCAGCUGAAAACUCUUCUCCCCAUUUCCUCCAAAUGUACUUUCAUUAGUAGAGUUUUCGAAGGCGGUCCGUUGUUUCUCCCCACAAUAUUUAGAAUGAACUUCACUGGUUUGAGUGGUCAGAUUCAGUUUGACGCAGAAAAGAAUCUUGUUCAUCCAUCAUAUGAUAUCCUUAACAUCGGUGAUGCGGGUUCCCGGAGGAUCGGUUAUUGGUCUAAUUACUCUGGUCUAUCAGUUUUAUCUCCAGAAAAUUUAUACAAGAAACCUCCAAACACUUCAACAAGCAAUCAAAAACUGUUUAGUGUUGUGUGGCCUGGUGAAACUACAGCUACACCAAGAGGAUGGGUUUUCCCUAACAAUGGAAGGCAACUGAGAAUAGCAGUGCCUCAUAGAAUAAGCUACUUGGAGUUUGUUUCAAAGGACAAGAAUCCACCUGGUGUUAGAGGCUAUUGCAUUGAUGUCUUUGAAGCAGCCAUAAACUUGUUGCCUUAUCCUGUUCCACGACGAUAUAUAUUAUAUGGAGAUGGUAAUAGAAAUCCCAACUACAACCAGCUUGUCAAUGAUGUUGCACUAAAUAUCUAUGAUGCAACUGUUGGAGAUAUUACAAUUGUCCCAAACAGAACAAGGAUUUUGGAUUUCACUCAACCUUUCAUGGAAUCAGGGCUGGUAGUUGUUGUCCCUGUCAAGGAGAUCAAAUCAAGUCCUUGGUCUUUCCUCAAGCCAUUCACUGCUCAAAUGUGGUGCGUGACCGGCGCCUUUUUUCUUUUUGUGGGAAUUGUUGUAUGGAUUCUUGAGCACAGGCACAAUCCAGAGUUCCGUGGUUCGCCCAAGAAGCAACUUAUGACAAUCUUUUGGUUUACUUUCUCAACAAUGUUUUUCUCACACAGAGAGAACACUGUGAGUGGUCUUGGAAGAUUUGUGCUAAUCAUAUGGCUUUUUGUGGUGUUAAUUAUCAAUUCAAGCUACACAGCAAGCUUAACAUCCAUCCUCACAGUACAGCAGCUUUCCUCACAAAUUGAAGGAAUUGAUAGCUUGAUAUCAGGUACUCAACCAAUUGGAAUUCAAGAUGGUUCAUUUGCAAGAAGGUAUCUUAUAGAUGAACUCAAUAUACAACCAUCUAGGAUAGUUACAUUGAGAGAUCCAAAGGCGUAUAUCGAUGCUCUUAUGCGUGGACCGUCAGGAGGAGGGGUUAUGGCUAUUGUUGAUGAGCUUCCUUAUAUUGAACUCUUUAUGUCUAGUACCAACUGCAAGUUCAGAACUGUUGGACAAGAGUUCACUAAAAGUGGUUGGGGAUUUGUAAGUAUCUUUGUUUGCAUAUCCAUGGUUUUGAUUCCUAAACUUUAUCCAUUUACUUUGAUUGCAGAUAGGCUUGUAAUUUCAUUGAUAGCUGAGUUUAUUCCAUUGUUCAAAACACCAGGACUUUCUGUAUUGUUAUUGUUGGUCAUGUCUCCUCAACCAUCAUUUAGUUGUUCAUAUCAUGUAUCUAUAACAAUAAGGACUUGAUAGUCUUAAUCAACAAUAUAGGAUCACACAUUAAUCAA